AUUUUCACCAAGUUGAUUAAAAUUUUGUUAUGGAAACUGCAUGCAUUUUGUGUUUAAAAAGUUGUUGCCAUUUGUGACUUUGACUUUUUCUGUGUUAAUUUGGGUUGUCAAUAUUUGUGGAAAAUGAGAAAGGCUGCUGCCCUCCCCUUGUAUUCAGCUCAGUGACAGGUGAACUUUGAACAUAAGUUUGAGACAGUUGCAGAUUUCCAUUGGAGGAAGAAAUUCCGUAACCAAAUGAACACAGUUAACUCAUAUCCCUUGAUUUGGAUUUUAAUUACAGCAGUUGGCAAGGUAAACUAUGACUUUUCUAUGAGUAUGAGGAUUUAAAAAAAAAAAAAAAGUUACCUUAACUUAAACUUAAAGCCUUAAAACUUAAAAAUUAUUAUUUUAAUUUCUAGUUUUAGUUUAGACAGAACUUUAGUUUAGAUUAAUCCAAUCUACUUAGCCUACUUAUUUGUUAGGCCUACUAAGACUAAGUCUAAGGUAUGUCUAUUUACUAUUAAAAACUAUUAUAAUUUUAUAUAGUAUAGGCAUAGGCCUAUAACUUAUAACUAUAAUAAUACUAGUCUAGCCUACUCUAGUAAAUAGGCUGCAAAAUAAUUUAAAACUGUACUUUAACUGUAGGCUAGAAGUUAAACUAAAGUCAUUUAUACAAAUUUGGUUAUAACUUAAAAGUAAAUUUGAAGUACUUGAAGAUAAAAAAGAGCAUACCGGGUACUCAUACACCAUGUACCUGUUCAACUCAGAAUGUCAAUUCUAUUUUAACUAUAAUAAAACAUGACACAUUUUCAUCAUUAGUCAUCAUUGUCACCCAUUGUGGAACCUUGAAAAUGUUUGCUCUAGACACUCUAGUCUCCAUUACUGAUACGAGGAAGAAACUGCAAAUAUCAAAUUAUUUAAAAGACCUAUUAAUUCAAAGUUUUAUUGUUAUUAUCCGUUCUUGACAGUUACUGACUCUUCCUCAACUUUAUGUAUAAAUUAAGUUAACCCUCUUGAGACACAGCCUUUUUGGACUGUCUAUGCCAAAAAGACAGAGCCCUUUUCAAAUGCCUUGAUUGAUGCCCUACACUUACAAUGCCCAAAUAUGUUAUAUUUAUAUUCUUGUAAGGAAUUGAAUAAACUAAUAUGAAAUUUAGGAAGAAAACUGAAAUCUCAACAUUUAUUCAAAUGAAAUAUCCUGAUUUGCAUAAUUUAUGCAUGCAAUUUUUUUUCCGAGGCUGCUUAUGCCUUUUUGGCAUCUUUCAAGUUCUUAUAUUUUUUAAGCAUUUAUAGGGGUCACUGCCUACAAAAAAAAAAUUGUGUACAAAGACAGAACAUGAUAAACUAUCAAUGGAAGCCAACAUUAAAAUGGUGAGAUGAGCAAGAAAAAGGAGACAAAAUCUGAGUAGCUGGAACAAAGUCCUGCCAGCCAAUCUUGAGUCUUCUAUUAUUGGGCCAAUACAUCGGCCCAGCUAACUCAAGAGGGUUAAAGAAUCUAGGAUUGAGAUGUGAUCCAUUUUUUUUGGUCUGCUAAUUGAGGUAUCUGUUUCAAUUAAUAAUAAAUUCCAUCUAGUGUUGAUUCUGUCAACUCUUAUGCAAUAAUAAUUUAAUUCAGAUCAUAUAUAAGUUGUGACUGUGAUGAAAUUAAAUUAUGAUUUCCAACUUAUUUAACUUUCACUCAGUGACAGUGUUAAUCUUUCUGUAAUGCGUUUUUUAUAUAAAAUAUAAAUAAAUUCUUAGUAUGUGGUAAAUAAUUUUUAUCAUAAAAUGAAAAAAUAUACUGAGAAUGUACCUAUCAGCUUGGAAAAGUGUGCAGUUUCUUUUAAAUUAGGUCUCUUUUUUGGUUGGUUUUGAAAUUAUUCAAGGUAAAGCAUAUAUUUAGAUAUUUAAAUUAGAUUUCAAUAUAUAGUAAUUUUUUGAAGAAUUAUUUUGGAUUUCAAUAUAACUUUUUUUUGUUCCAAAAUAGUAAUGGAGUAGAAAAUUAUUUGCAAAAAAGAAGGUUAAAUUGCCUGGUCUAAAAUAAUUGUAUUACAUAUAUUAACCUCUUAGAGUGAAGUCUUGCAGACUAUAGUCUGCUGCAUAGUUUGACCUGUAUAUUAUGUGUUAGGGCUAACUUGCACACACUGCUGAGGUAGGUGAAAUGUGGGUCAUGUUCACUUAGGGCUCUUUUCUGUGUGGGUUUUGUGAAGAUUGUUUUUCCUACUGAGUGCUUGCAUGCCAAUGUGACAAUUUAAACUAACUUAAACUAAUAAAACACACAAAGACUCUCAAACAAUGCCUAUUUAUUCUGCCAUCACAUGUCCUGGGUACAUGCAUAAUAGACUGGGGGGCAAUGUGGAUAAAUCUCUCACCUCUCACGUGCCAAAGUGUCCUCGUUUUAUAGCCAUUUUAAUUGUUUCUAUAGUAUAGUAGUUACUAUCCUAAUGUCUCAUUUUUAUUGGAGUUAGUUUACAUGUUUUUAAUAAUUGUAAAGCUCUUAGAGCUUUAAGGUAAGUGCUAUAUAAAAAUGCCUAAAUAAAUAAAUAAAUAAAUAUUAGUUUUAUGUCAAAAUAUUUGCCAGCAUUGCCAAGAUAAAAUUUAAUAAUACCAUUAUUAAAUGUAUUGCUUUUUUGGGACCCAUUCAGCCAACACAUGGCAACAAAAAGACAUGCAGUGACAUACUAACAAUUUUUAUUGUGACAGAUAACAGCAAGGUUGCAUGGGGUUAUUUCUCACUAGAAUGAUCAGUAGUAAUCAGUGUCUUAAGGUCACACUAUUUCGUUAAAGCAGACAGUGACAAGUCUUGUAAUAGUAAAAUAUGAUGCAAAUAGGUCUGUGUUCAAAUGGGGACUCAUAAAAAAUACAUUGCAUCACCUCUCUAUAUUUAUACAUAAAAACUAAAUGUUGCCAGAUGUAGGCUGUAAUGAUAAUUUCUAUUCCUGGUUCAUGUCUUAACAAUGCUUGAGGUGAAGUCAAGUUUUUUUUUGCCAGCUGGCUUUUAUUACCUGAAAAGUAAGCUGAAUGUUAACCUUGAUAUGUUUUAAAUAGAGUGAAAUAAUUUGGGAAAAAAACAAAGAAAGAUUUUAAAAAAUAUUUCACCCUUGUAUCUUGAGAAUGCUGUAUAAACAUCCAUUUUUCUUUAUUAUUUUUUAAAGUAAAAUAUAUUUAUAUCUAAUCAGACAAUGAAAAAGAUGGUUUAAAAAAAUCAAACUUAAUAAACUCUUUUGUGCCAGAUAGGCACAUCUGGCAACCUCCUCUCCACUAAUUUUGAAUUUGUAUGAAAGAAAAAAAUUAAGUUCUGUAUCCCAGUUCUGCUCCCUCCAUGCAACUGUAGUAUUUUAUUAUUAAAUUAUUUUUUUAAAAAAUGGUCUGCCAAUGAUAAAGUCUAUAUUUUAUUUAAACUGUUACUUGCUUUGCCCUUUGGACUGUAAAGGCUGGCCAAAGUUCUACAAAAAUAAACUCUGAACUUUGACUGCAAACUGAAACCUAUACAAAGUCUAUCAGAGUGGGAAAUAAGAUAUGAUAUAAUGCUAAUCUAUCUUUAGCAUUAUGAUUUUCAGAAAUAAAAGAUAAACAAGAAAAACUCUUGCAAAAUUGCUUGUGCUGCAGUUGUUUACAUAUUAAUGUGAAAUUUGAUGCUAUUAAUUUAUUUAAAAAAAAAACAACAAAAAGCAAAACCCUAAUAAAUUUGAUUAUAUACUUUUGUGAAUAAAUUGUUAAACGGCUUACACUUAUUAAUUAUUGUUUGAGUUGUUUUGUGAGAGAUUUUUCAAAGUACACGAAUUACUAGAGACAAACUAUCCUUGAAAAAAAUCAAAUAGAAGUAAGUUUAUUGCACAGAAAAUUGUUUAGUUUUACUUGCAAAUUCACAUUAUUACUUAAAAUUAUAAAUAUAUUUAUAAAUAUUUAAUAUACAUUUGGAUUAAUCAGUAAAUCCAGACUUGUUUGAAUUUUUAGAAAUUUUUUUAUAAAUUUUUAAAUAUCCAAGUUUAUUUAGUCAGUUAGCUUAAAGAGGAAGUCUUUAAAUUAUUUUAUCAUCAUCACAAGAUAAAUGGCCUGGAGAUCACAGUCUCGGCUUUAACAGUCUCGAUUGUUGAUGUGACACUUCUUGUGAACUAUAUACAUCUUGGUAUCAUUGAUUCCCUUGAAUGCAAACUUAACUAUCUAAUGUAAACAUACGACUGACUACAUUUGUCAUUACAUACUUAUUGUGUACACAUAAAUUAUGAAUAUGUACUUGAUCUGGGAGCAUUAAAUAUCUAGGCUAAAAUUUAGUUAAUUAUUUAAUUGGAGAUUUUUAAAAAUAAAGUUUAUUGAUUAGAAGGGGACUUCAUUAGAAGAAGGAUAAUUAUUUUUACUAAAUUAUUUCAUAAUAUAAUAUGUACUUAAAUUCAUUAAAAUAUUCAAGAACCCAUGCAGUUGUUGCCAAUCGCCAUAUCAUAUUAAUCAUAUACUUCAAAAUAUGGAUCAGAUAGUGUAAUCACAUCUCUAUUGAUAAGAUCCAAGUGACAUUACAAUUGAGAGCAAUUACAAACAUUCACAUUUCCCCAAGCUUGAUUGAAAAAAAGUCUCUGCAAAAUUUUUUCCCCUCAUAUUAAGGUGUGUUCUUUCCUCCUCCUCAGAUCAGUAGCCAAGUUGGUUCUAGCUGCGGUUCCUGACAACAUGAAUGUGUAGAAUGGUGUCUGUGAGCAAAGAUUCUGUGACCCCUGUGGCUGUGAACCCUUCUGAGGUAAACACACUUCACUUGCAUUUCAGCCUGUCCUCACCAGCAGGCGUUUACUCCUUCUUCAUAGCAAUGUAAUAGCCCCAUCCCUGCAAGUGGCACCACUUUUGACUAAGCCCCAUAGGUUUGUGUUAUUUCCAGGUUUCACUGCACCACAGGGCCAACUACUAUAUAUAAAUUUAAUUAGGUUAAAGAUAGGUCAAGGCUAUAGAGAUGAGGUUAACUCUGAAUAUUAUUAUUAUGAUUUUUUUGUUUCCGUUUAUGCCUUUUAUCCCGCCUGCAAUGUAGGCAGUUAACAAUAAUUUUCUAUUCAUCUUGGUCCUGUGCUUUCCUUUCCAGUUGCUUUCAGGUGUAUCUUAUACUUUGUGUGUCUGCCACUAACUCGCAUCUCCAAGUAUUCUUUGGCCUUCCUCUCUUCCAUUUUCCCUAUAGACUAUAUGAUAGGGAUUAUCUGGUGAUGUUAUUUCGGGGUUUACGAAGAGUGUGUCCCAUCCACAUCCAUCUCUUCCUAAUGAUGUCUUCAGCAAUAAGCUCUUGGUAUAUCCUGUUCAGUAAGUCUUAGUUGAUGAUGAUGUUUGGCCAUGAUUAUUGGCGGUUUAUUUUCAAUUAUUGUGAUGGUUGAUGUGUAAUUUCUAUAAAAUUGUAUAUCCUGGAAAAACUGUAUAAAUUUAAACUGUGUAAUUUUUAUAACUUUGUAGCAACAAGCUGAAGGAGUUGGAAAUAUCACUUUGGUUGACUAGAAAAACUUAAUGAAGUAAAGCUAUAGAUUUGGAUGAUGAGUUAUUUGGAUCACUUCGGCAGCUGAGAAAAAAUUUCACAAAUUAAUUUUUAUCUGUAGACAUGGAUAAUGUAUAAUUGGAUCAUUUUGGCCUAAAUUAGCUCCCAACUCUUAGCCUCACCGGACUUAACUCUAUGGCAGUGACAGCUGUUCAUAUUUCUGAUUAUAACUGAGGCAUGGCUGAAGCCUCCUCCAUUACCAUAAAUAAGAUACCAAUUUGAGAGCUUUAACUUUGUGAAAUUACCAGCCAGCGAUGAAUCUAAAAAUAUAUCUUUCAAUCUAUUUAUGCUCGACAUGGGUGAUGACUCUAAUAUGGUAUAAAGGAUAGGUGUGUUAGAAAUGAAAGGGUUUUAAAACUUUAAUAUUCCAUGUUGAUUCAAGGGGGUUUUAGGCGAGUGGGUUGGAGUGGCUGUUUAUACAGAUAUUAAAAAAAAACAACAUUUUCAGAUUAAAAAAAAAGAUGAAUGAUUAAGUUAGGGCCGUUUUAAACAAAGUUGAAUUAAAACCAGGACAUUUAAAAUAAUUUUGGCACCAUGGAUGUAAAAAAAAAAAAUUAUUAUUUGUGGUCACACAGAAAAAAGUCUUCGUUCUUUGAACCAUUCGUUUAAAUGUUCUUUGAAUCAUUCUUUUAAACGUUCUUUGAACCAUUCUUUUAAACGUUCUCUGAACCAUUCUUUUAGAAGGAAAAAUUAUUGUGAUGUGAGAUGAAAUACAUAUUUUUAAAAUUGUUUUAUUUAUUUCUGCUUGGAUGUCAGCAGAUGCACUCAAUCUUUUGUUAAAUUAAUCAUUUUUUUCUGUAGUAUGUCAGCAGAUGCACUCAAUCUUUUGUUAAAUUAAUAAUUUUUUUCUGUAGUCUUUAACUGUAAUGUUUACAGUACACGACUAUUCCGGACAAGUAUACCCACCAAGCCUGUUCUGGUACAAAAAAGUAUGACUGGUCACCCUUAAGAAUGAUAAAACAUUACACCUGAGCCAUUUGUAUCUUUUAAUUUUCUUUACAUUUCAUAUAGACCCUGGGUGUUUGUAUCCUUGGGCUGGUCUUACAUGCUGUGUCCACAUUGGAAGAUUUAUUUGUAAAACACACAACGUGCCACUUCUCAUUUCCAGGUUCGCCUUCGUCCCAUGGCCAUCAUACGAAACAAACUGGGACCAGACGCCGGCAGAGAUGGUGUGGAGGAGAAAGAACAUUACCACCAAGAGGAGCACAAAAUUAACGAGAAGGUUUGGAGAUGAAAAUGAUAAGAAUUACUAGCCACGUAUCAUGUAUAUUAAAAAAAAUAAUUUAUGUUGCAAUGCCUCAGACAGUGUAGUUUGAAACAUUAUUAUGUUACAAAUUACAUAAAUUCUAUGGGUGAUUUGCAAAACAUACAAAAUAGGAGUUUCUCAUCAACAUACAUUUUUAUAAAAUACUGUCAAAAUGAAUGUAGGAAGCUCUGUUCAACAUUCAUUUUUAUAAAAGACUGUCAAAAUGAAUGUAGGAAGCUCUGAUCAACAUACAUUUUUAUAAGCACAAGACUGACAAAAUAAAUAUACGAGAUUCUGAUCAACGGCAUCAACUUAACUUUAUUAAGUUUUAAGUACAGUAUAUGUUAAAGAAGUGUGUAGAAAACAUUAUGAAAAGAAAAUUUUACAAAAAGAAUGAUGAUAAGAAACGUCAACACUAAGGCAUUAUAAAUAACAUAGUUAAAUUUGUUCACAAAUGUUAUCAGUCCAAUGAAAAUGCUAAAAUAACUGACAGUAAGAUCUAUAAGAUUGAAUUGAACUUAACAUUUGAAAGUGGAAAUUAUCAUAAUAUAUAGGUCUCAGUUUCUAAAAAUAAAAUUUAAAGAAGAAAAAAUAUCGGUUGCAACCUUUCCACACAUCAGUUUUUGCUUACUGUUGUUAGUAGGGAGUUGUCAUUUAUGAAAAAAGUUGGAGAAUCUGUUUCUCCCUUUCUCUUGCUUAUGUUUGAGCAGAUGACAAUAUUUUCCAAAUAUUUAUUAAAGGACACAAAGUUUAUGAAGAUUUAUUUUCAAUUUUAAAGAUGUUAUGGACAACUUUUUGUGAUGUCUCGAUAACAAAUUUUAGUUAUAUUUACCUUGAAAAAUGUCAAUGUGACCCCCAUAACUAAGGGUGCAACCUGUCUGGGGGGUCAACUUCUAAUAUCCACUUUGAGGACCCCAAACUAAGUGUGUGACUGAUCCACUGGAGCGACCUAUUUGCGAGUAAAUACAGUAAUUGGAUAUUUUUUAAGAAUCACCAACAGAGAUAAUUGAAUGAAUUAGACAAGAAUAUGUGAUAUGUCUGAGAACAGAUUGCCUUGGAGAAUAUGCGUGGAAAUAAAAGCACCACAAUGAGAAAUAAAUUAAAAAAUACACAGGACUUAGAUUUGUGAAACACUCACAGCCGGAUUAAGGAAUAGGGUGUAUAAAAUUUAUGGAAGAUACUAAUGUGUAAAUAUACCAUCUCUGCUCUGAAUGUAAAAUUUAUUUUUAACAAACACCCCCCCCCCCCCUUUCCCGUUAAGCUUACUGAGCCCAAGGGGAAUCUGUUGACAAAUAAUUAUAAUUUUUGCAUUAUUGCAUUGAGACCCACUGUUUUAUCAAACAUAUUUUUCUCCAUGAAAUUGUUCCAACCAGGUGGCGGACCAGCACAAAGUCUUCACUGCUCUCAUUGCCGGGGCCAUGGCUGGGGCUCUGGCUAAAACUGUUAUAGCACCCCUGGACAGGACCAAGAUCAAUUUUCAGAGUGAGUGGUGGUCAGAUAUUUUUUCUUUUUUGUCAACUUCUACUUCUUUGCUGGUGUAGGAUCAAGAUCAUGAGUUAAAAUUUUUUUUUUAAGUUACGUUUUUAUAACAAGACAAGUCAGGACCAAAAAAAAGACACAAAAAAAGACAGAAUAUUAUCUUGUCUUCAAAAUGGAGCUUUAAAAAAAAUCAAACAAAUCCCAAAGGAAUAAUGAGGGCAAAAUGUUAUUAUUAGUUUGACUUAACCCAGGAACAUAGACAUUUAACCAACCUAACUGACUUAACCCAGGAACAUAGACAUUUAACCAAUGUAACUGACUUAACCCAGGAACAUAGACAUUUAACCAACCUAAUUGACUUAACCCAGGAACAUAGACAUUUAACCAACCUAACUGACUUAACCCAGGAACAUAGACAUUUAACCAACCUAACUGACUUAACCCAGGAACAUAGACAUUUAACCAACCUAACUGACUUAACCCAGGAACAUAGACAUUUAACCAACUUAACUGACUUAACCCAGGAACAUAGACAUUUAACCAACCUAACUGACUUAGCCCAGGAACAUAGACAUUUAACCAACCUAACUGACUUAGCCCAGGAACAUAGACAUUUAACCAACCUAACUGACUUAGCCCAGGAACAUAGACAUUUAACCAACCUAACUGACUUAACCCAGGAACAUAGACAUUUAACCAACCUAACUGACUUAGCCCAGGAACAUAGACAUUUAACCAACCUAACUGACUUAACCCAGGAACAUAGACAUUUAACCAACCUAACUGACUUAACCCAGGAACAUAGACAUUUAACCAACCUAACUGACUUAACCCAGGAACAUAGACAUUUAACCAACCUAACUGACUUAACCCAGGAACAUAGACAUUUAACCAACCUAACUGACUUAACCCAGGAACAUAGACAUUUAACCAACGUAACUGACUUUAGUCAGGCCUGCACAACUCUAAAGGUAAGGUGGGCCAUAAUACUUUAUAGAAUCUUGUGUGGGCUGAAAGAUUAGGACAAGGGGGAAGCCACAACAAUAAAGAAUAUUUCGUUACUUCGCAGGCCCCAAAGUGGGUGCUGGCAGGCUGUAUGCAGCCAGCUUCCGUAUGUUGUGCAGGCCUGAUUUAAGUACUAUAAAUACAAUACAAAAUUGGGGUAAUCAUGAGGAGAAUACAGCAGGAUUAAUAGCAAACUUUAUUAAGCAAUUACAUUUUAGUUCACAGAAAUGUUUACAUUUGUGAUCACCAAAUCCAUAGACUCAGUACAACACCAGAAAACAAGCAGCUUUUUCCUACAGUUCUCUGACCAAAAUAGGAACAAAUGUAAAUAAAGGCACCUUUUCACAUUUCAGGAUUUGACUCAUUUUUUUCAGAAGUUUGGAUAAAAAAGUGUACUAAAUAAAGUCCUAAUUAAAUGAGUUGGUUUUAGAUUUGCUCAUGUAACAGUUGUACUUCUUGUUUCAGUCGCCAACAAGCCAUUCUCUGCUCGGGUGGCUGUGCAUUUCUUAUAUGACACGGUGAGGGAGUCUGGUUUCCUGUCAUUAUGGAGAGGUAACUCCGCCACACUGGUCAGGAUCAUUCCCUAUGCCGCCAUACAGUUUAGCUCCCAUGAGCAGUAUAAGCUGUGGUUGAACUUUCACCACAAGAAGUGAGUGCUGUGCUUUGGAACUGGUGCUGAGUAAAUUACCUGCUUGCCUUACCUAGGUUCCUUGAGCUUGCUAUACUUUCCUUACCUGAUACUUAGUACUUGACCUACUCACCUAACUUUGAUGCCUAAUUCAUAACAAUACUCAACUAAUCAUUACAGUGGGGCACUGGAUAUCUGAACUAAUUGGGACCAGGGGAGGUUUUGACUGACCGAACUCAAAACUCUCAUACUUAAAAGACUUGGAAUAGGUCGUAAUAUGUAAAAAAAAAAAAAGAAAAAAGACCAGUAAGAAUCAACACCAACUGUCACCAAACACCAAUGUAAAUUUCACACGUUUCUAACCAUGUCACGUAGUGUAUCAGUGUCAGCUGAUUCAUGUCAAAAACCGAUGAGAUUUGUAUUUUUUUUUUAUCAGUGAAAUCCGAGGCCCCUUUGACUUUGUUAGCCACUAUUCUGUGAUAAUAUAUAUAUUAAUUUUAAAGUUUUCAGAUUGUAUUAUGUCAGUCUUGCCUCUGUGUGUACUAUAAAAAAUCUUAGAUUUUUACCUGGAUUGUGCAACAGAGGUUGGAAGCUUUUCCGAUUUUUCUAUGGUAAUGCCAUGUGUGAUAAUAAUUUUUAAAAGACGGGGCAGUUCUGUAACCGGCACUUUGGAUAGUCAACGCUCCAUUGCACUUAAAAUAAUAAUAACGGUCCUUUAGAUCUAGUACUUUAACCACUCUACUUACUUUGAUGCCUGCUACUUGACCCACUUACUUAACUUGAUGCAAUCUAUUUUCUCCUCCAGGCAUUUACCUCCUCACUUACGGUUCCUGGCUGGUUCACUUGCUGGCGUCACUUCUGUUGCGUUCACCUACCCACUCGACUUGUGCAGGGCUCGGAUGGCCGUGACGCCGAAAGCAACGUAUGACAUACCAUAGUACUUGAAUAAUAAAAAAAGUAACUUUGUAUCAAGUUGCUAUUUAAUUAAUUUAAGUUUAGAGAUGCAAUUCUUUUAUUGAUCCAAAUAAAUGGAAAUGUUUUUUUGAUACAUUGUACAUAUUCAUUUUCAGCCCAUAAGUAAAUAUAUAUUUUAACCUAGACAACAUUUUACAAUUAUAACAGUUUAAACAGGAGACAUCUAAAGUAUUUCUCUAGCAUUGAAUCCCUUUGAAAAGUGCCCAUUGUGUACUGGUAGAUUUAAAGAAACAAACUAAAAAAAAAAUCAAUAAUAAAAAAAAAAUUUGAUUCAAAUUGUUAUGAUAAAAUUCUCUGACAUGGUCAGAACAUUAUUCUUUGUCAAUUUUUGAUGGCCCAUUAGUAUUCUUAAGAGAAAGGCUAAAAACCCAGACAAUACAUUAUGGGUACACAAAGUUUAACACAAUCAACUUUUAGUUGAAAUACCUACUGCACUAUUGUAACUACUGGUACUGUAUGGAACAAUUCUAACUACAGUACAGAACAAUUGUAACUACUGGUACUGUUCAGAAUUCUUGUAACUACCAUCCGAAAUGUUUUUAUUUGCCUACAGAAUACUUGUAAUUACUGUAAAUAACAAUUGUAAUUAAUGUACAACUAUUUUAACUACUAUACUGAAUACUUGUAACUAUCAUACAAAAUAUUUGUAACUACCUUCAGAAUACUUGAAAUUGCUGUACAGAACAAUUGUAACUACCAUAAAAAACACUUUAACAUGUAGAAAGAAAAAUAUCUAAAUCUCACCAAUAAAAUUCAGGUACAACCAUAUAGGUGAAGUAUUUAUAAAGAUGAUACGAGAAGAAGGUUUCCGCUCCAUCUACAGAGGGUUCACCCCAACAAUGCUCGGGUCUAUACCAUACUCUGGCUCGAGUUUCUUUACGUAUGAAACUUUGAAAAAAUUCCACGCUGGUAAGUUGGGUUGGUUUCUACAGCAUUAUUUCUGUGGUCACAGGUAAAUGGUAAAUGAUAAAUAAAUAUGUCCAGAUAAAUAGCAUUAAAUGAUGAAUAAAUAUUGCCAGAUAAAUAGCAUUAAAUGAUGAAUAAAUAUUGCCAGAUAAAUAGCAUUAAAUGAUCAUUAAAUAUGUCCAGAUAAAUAGCCAUAAAUAAUGAAUAAUAUUGCCAGAUAAAUAGCAAUAAAUGAUGAAUAAAUAUUGCCAGAUAAAUAGUAUUAAACAAUGAAUGAAUAUUACCAGAUAAAUAGUAGUAAAUGAAAGAUAAAUAUUGCCAGAUAAAUAGGAGUAAAUGAUGAAUAAAUAGGAAGAAAAACAUUGGCAGGGAACCAUGAACAAAUAUGAUCAGAGAGUUUCCAGUGGAUGAUGAAUAAAUAUAGAAGGAAAGAUUUCUGAGAAAAUGGAAAUGUUCACCCACUUUUUAAUUGAAAAAUUUUGCCAGAGCAAGGCAUUCAUGAUUUUGACCAUCAACAAUUUUAGUAAAUAUUUAAGAAAUUAUUUCCAGAAAUUCCAUAAUUUUAACAGCCCAUUUUCCCCCAUUUAAAAAAAAUUGAUAAUUUUUUUUUUUAAUGUAAAAAGUUUGUUUUUUAUCUUAUCUGUCCAAAAUUAUUUUUUUGUAUGGGGAACAUCAAUCAACUAAAUGAGCAAGUGGUAAUGAUUGAUUAAUUUUUGAUUAUUGAUUUUUUUAAAGAAACCCACCUGGGGAGAGACCCGACUCCUAUAGAGAGGUUAACAUUUGGGGCCAUAGCCGGUAUGGUUGGUCAGUCUGCUUCGUACCCCUUGGACAUUGUCAGGCGGCGGAUGCAGACGGCAGGUAAAUUGUCGGGCUUCUCCCACAUCGUACUUUAGAUUACUCACCACUCCAUCAUGUUUAACAGAGCGCUGUUUUAACCCACCUCUGCUUCAGGAAUGUUUAGAAACAAUAUUUUUUUGCCAACUUCGUGAUGGCAGGUCAACUGUUCAGACUUGAGGCCAUGCCUGAAAGUUGAAAAAAAUUUAUUACCUAUAUAAUUUUAACUACAUAUAUUUUAUAUUUACAACUAAUAUUACUUGAUUAGACAGAGUUACAGAGCGGUAUUUUUUACAUGUAAUUUACCUAAUUUGGCUCUUGAAUUGGGUAAAUCUUUGGUUUGUCUCUCUAAUUAUAGAUAUACCGUGAUUUACUUUUUUUGGUGUUUUACAAGCGUGGCUGCUGUCUUGUUUUAAACCCCCUCAACACACACACUAUUUUUUUCUUUUUAUUUCUUGAAACUAUAAUAUUUUUUUGUUAUGUGUAAAUUAUUGAAAAAAAUAGCUAAACAUGUCAAUAAUCUGACAUUUCUUUACGUAUGAAAUUAAAAAAAAAAAAUUUCCACAUUUGUAAGUUGGGUUGGUUCUCCAGCAUAUUUUGUGUGUGGCCAGAUAAGUAGAAAAUGAUGAAUAAAUGAAUGAUAUCAGAACAAAAGUUGCAUUGUCACAUACUAUUGAUUGUGUUUCGGUAAAGCUUACAAUCUGACACGUCAUCAAACCGAGAAAAGGAUCAAGCUGCUUAUUUUGUGUGUUUUAAUAUAGUUCCUCUUUGUCAUUUUUUUUUUUUUACAAAAUUGUUUCUUGGCAGGUGUUACUGGACACAUACACGACUACACCACCAUUUUGAACACCACCCGCAGCAUUAUACGAGAGGAGGGUUUUAUACGAGGCAUGUACAAGGGCCUCAGCAUGAACUGGAUCAAAGGGCCCAUAGCAGUAGGCAUCAGCUUUACAACCUUUGACAUGCUGAAACAUUGGCUGCGCAAACUUCCCUACUUUCAAGAGGAUACCAGGAAGACAUGAGUCUUGCUAGGAGUUUUAGUUUUAGUAAGAAAAAUAAACUGCUUGAAAUUUAACUUAUGAUGACAUAGAAUUUUACUGGGAGCGGUAUAGUCUUUCGAAAAAAGUUUCCUAUGAACUUUUGCUGUGUUUAUCGAUCAGCGAGUGCCUAAUUGACAAGUGGACAAUAUUUCUGGUAGCCAAAUUGUGCCACAUACUCCAGCUGGCUGCAAAUCUGCUAAGCAGUGAUUGUAAAUUGUGCUAGACAAGGCCCAGUGGUAUGGUAUGCUGUCACAGCCCAGUGGUAUGUUAUGCUGUCAAGGCCCAGUGGUAUGGCAUGCUAUGUUUCUGACAGGAGUCGUUUUUUUUUUUUUCAAAAAGCUGUUGUAUAGAUGUGUACAGAAAGACUGAAAUUACAUGUGUUUUACUUUUGUGUG